ACAAACUAUUUUAGUUUCAAGUGUUGCCACUAUCUGAAAUUAUCGCUAUCUCACGAGAUCCAAUGAUAACCUAUCUUCUGUCACUGAGAUGAGGUUUAACUUAUAAUAUUUAGCUAGUAUUAGGAGUGGAUGAAGUGUCUGUUAGAGAAGUGAAAACAAAGUAUAAACAAGACGAGGGAGGAGAAGAAGAAGGAAUAACACGCAGUUUUACUUGCAGUUAGGGGCAGCACAAGAAGAAGAAAAAAACAAAAAUGACGACAACGCGGGUGUUUGGAAAAACAGUCGCCAAGAAAUCGGGAAUCAUCAUCUUGGUGGUUGGAUCGUUGCUCGUGGCGGCUGGCAUUGCAAUGAUAAUCUCCUGGAUUGCGCUUAGCACCGAUUUUGACUAUGACGGCGACAGCGUGACAAUUGUUCUCAAUAUCGUAGGAAUAUUUUGUCUGGGUGUUGGAGGGUUUCUUGUGUCGAUAGGAAUUACGAUACUUUGCACCAUACGCCACAAAUCAAUGACCACUUCCAUGAUGGCACCCAUGUAUAUUAGCCAGCAGUACCCACAGCAGGCAGGUGUUUCACCAUACCCACAGCAGGCAGGUGUUUCACCAUACCCACAGCAGGCAGGAGUUUCACCAUACCCACAGCAGGCAGGAGUUUCACCAUACCCACAGCAGGAAGCUGCUCCACCAUAUUCACAGCAGACAGCAGCUCUACCAUACCCACAGCAGGAAGCUGCUCCACCAUAUUCACAGCAGACAGCAGCUCCACCAUAUUCACAGCAGACAGCAACUCCACCAUACCCACAGCAGGAAGCAGCUCCACCAUAUCCACAGAAGGAAGCAGCUCCACCAUAUUCACAGCAGACAACAGCUCCACCAUACCCACAGCAGGCAGCAGCUCCACCAUAUCCACAGCAGGCAGCAGCUCCACCAUACCCACAGCAGGCAGCAGCUCCACCAUAUCCACAGCAGGCAGCAGCUCCACCAUACCCACAGCAGGCAGCAGCUCCACCAUAUCAACAGCAGGCACCAGGUAUACCACUAGGCCCAGACCAGCCCUAUCCUGAAAAGAGUGCAUAUUAAGCCUCCGCAAAUGGCAUUAUAUUAAGUGUACUCGUCACGGGAUAACACCAGAUAUAUGUAUAACGUAGAUCCACUAGAAGUUUACAUUCGAGAAAUUGCAACAUGCAGAAAUUGCGUGAAUGAAGAACAACAGUGUUCACUGCGACAGUUAUAGAAAAAAGUAUUGGUUAGAAUGACUAUCCUCACAAUGUUAGAGAUGUAUCUGACCGGUUUCUACUACAUGUUUAUCAGAAAUAUUUAUUUCUGAUAUUGUCGAAACCGGUCAAAUACAUCUCUUACGCUGUGACGAUAUCAAUUUUAAUUCAUAACUUUUCCCCCUGCAUUAAAGAAUCAGGCUUUCAUGUGUCAUUUACUUCCGAUUAUAGUUUCAAGUUAAUUUUCCAAAUAAAUGUGAUUCUGAGUUGCAUUUUGAAAUUGUAACUGUGUUUAUAGUAUACAAACCUGACUCGGUAGCCAGGCGGGUCAAAGCAAGGCACGUGGUAUCACUUUCAUUGUCCAGUGGAAUAAUAUAAGAAAAACAAAAACAAAACAAAAACAUUAAAAAAAGGAAUAUAGCAUUCCUCUUUGUUUUAAAAUGUUAUGCUGUGAUUCGUCUGGAUAUUGCCAACUGUACUCAGUCCAACCUCACUAAAAGAAGAAAUGGCAACUCCGAUUUCUGGAGGACUCCGAAUCACCAAAUCUAUUUUGAGAAGGACAAUAGACGCGUUGAAGGGAAAUAUUCGCCAUUCCCUGCUGUGGAUAUGGCAUUUCCCUUCAGUAUACCAUACUCACCAUACCCUCCUGACGGUAUGGUAUAUGAAAAAGAGACGCAUUGAAGUGAUUCUGAAUUCUCAAAUCUGUUUUUAGAAGGAAUUAUAAGUUAUAAAAUGCUGAACACACGAAAGUUGUGUAGUCUAUACCUACUUGAGGCAUCUGGCAUUACCUUCGUAGAUACUUAGUAAUAAGUAUAAGUAGUAAUUCUGCAUUGAUUUGAUAUUAUUCAAACUAAGAAACACAGAUACAAUUGUUUGAUCAAUAUAUAAAUUUGUAUAAUGUGAUUUGGUAUUAUUCCUUAUACAACAAAUUUUCUUGACACAGUAUAAUUGAAUAAAUAAGCAGUGACUAGACGCACAUUCGUUUUACAUACAUUUUGCAAAUAGAUUUAUUAUAGGGGGAUCAAUAUGCAUUACUCCACUCUAUGCAUUAUUUUUUUUUUCUUGUGUGGAAUCUGUAUACAUAUACCUAGAUAAAGAUGCCCGCAGUACCAUUGACUUUGAUAUAUAUUAAUGAAUAUGUAGAAUUUGGUAUAUAUUUAUAUGUAGAAUUUGAUAUAUAUGUAUGAAUAUGUAGAAUCUGAUAUAUAUUUAUGAAUGUGUCAUGAUUUUUUUUUAACUUGAAAAAUGUAUAUAAUUUAUUCCAUAUGUUAAAGAAAUAUAAGAAAAUAUAUAUAAAUUCAUGUAUCUAUUUAUACGUAAGGCUUACAAUCAUAUUCUACUCUAAAACAGAUGUAACGUUUAGAAACAGGCUAUACAUAGGUUUUACAUGCUAUAUAUAACGGUUAAGAGUAAACGUAACCAUUAUCCUAUUAGAUAUAUUUUUACACGCUAUAGAGUGUAAGAAUACUAAGAAUGUUAUGAAUGUGAUGAUAGCACAUUAAUUCUAAUGAUGAUAUGCAUAUAUUUUGUAUCAACACUGCAUAUUUAUUGAAUUUCUACUAGUGAGAGCUAGGAUGUUACUCCUAAACUGUGAAGCGUUGUAUGAAUACUGAUUUUUUUUCAUCCCUGAUAAAGAAAAGAAAAGUAAAAA